CAAAACACACCAAAAAAAAAACUCCGCCGCCAUCAAUCAAUAACUGUCGGCAACACAGCAAUCCCACGUUUCCAUUAACUGCUUUCUCGGGCUCCGAGCUCGCCGGAGCCGACAUUCGCAGCGGCGCGUUACCCCAUUUUUUCACCUUCAUUCUCUCAAAACAAAAUGCAGCGCCACCGUGUCUCCGCCGUGUUUAUUCUAAGCUUGUGCUUUAACAUUGCGCUAGGACAGACUCCUACUCACAGUGUCCUGGACCAACAUUGGUACCCGGGAACCGCCACGUGGUACGGCGAACCCGAAGGAGACGGUAGCACCGGAGGGGCAUGUGGGUAUGGUACAUUGGUGGACGUGAAGCCGUUGAAGGCAAGGGUGGGUGCAGUGGGGUCAAUGCUGUUCAAGAAAGGAGAAGGUUGCGGGGCUUGUUAUAAGGUGAAGUGUUUGGACCAUAGCAUAUGUUCCAAGCGGGCAGUGACGGUUAUAGUAACCGAUGAGUGCCCGGGCUGCCCGUCUGACCGGACGCACUUCGACCUCAGUGGCUCCGCCUUCGGCCGCAUGGCGUUCGCCGGUGAAAACGGUCAGCUCCGAAACCGAGGGGAAAUCCCAGUCGUUUACCGAAGAACACCAUGCAAGUAUGCUGGGAAAAACAUUGCCUUCCAUGUGAACGAAGGUUCAACACCUUACUGGCUAUCACUUCUUGUGGAGUUUGAAGAUGGAGAUGGUGACAUAGGCUCCAUGUAUAUACAAGAGUUUUCACAUAUCGCCAUCUUCAACUGCCUAGGUACAUUCACUUUUUCCUUUAUUCUCAUUCCUCUCUUGAUCCUCCUUUAUUCAACAUUAGUUGCUCUAUCUUUACAUAGCUUCAUUACUCUCUUCACAUUGUAUAACUUUACUUCCUCAUUAUGCUAUUUCUGCUAUUUUAAGACUUUCUACGUUUCACUCUUUUGGGGGUUUUCUAUGUGUGUAUUUUUUUAGUAUUGGGUUUAAGUUUAUGGGUUUGUGGUUAGGGUCUGAGUUUUUGGGUUUUCGUUUUCUAGAUGUUGAGUUUAUAUUUUUGGGUUUGUGUCUAGGGUUUACAUUUAGAGUUUGAGUUUUUCAAUUUUCAUUUUAUGAUGUUGGGUUCAAGUUUCUAGAUUUGUGGGUUUAUGGGUUAUUUAUCGAAUAUAACUUCAUAUAAUGUUUUUUACUCUUCGACUAAAUAGGAACUUAGAAGAUAAACUUCGAAACACAUCGAAUUAAAAAACAAGAGUUUUAUGCUCUCAAUUAAGCCAUUAGUAAGAAUGACGAAAAAGAUGUUUUAAUUUGCGCAUGUGAGUUAGAUGAACCCGUUUGUAGGGAUGACUUUGUAAAUUUCGUAGAGAAGUUCUACUCUUUUUAUGAGACCAUGUUCACUAGGCUUGGAGUUUGACUUCCUUUAGGCUUUUUGAAAACGAAAUUCUCACCAUCCUAAAGUUUCUCACUCAUCUUUAAUGUUGAAUUAUUUCAUACCAACUUCUAAUCUCAAAUCUUCUUACAGAUAAUCAAAUGAUUGUAUCUAAGGCAAUGGCGAGUCAUUUUAAGCAAAUGAAAGCUACUAAAGAAGUUGAGGUCGCAAGUACUACUCUAGAGUAAAACCUUAAAACAUGAUUGUACACUAUGAUAAGGAGACCACGCCUUCUAACAACCGCUUAAAGAAGAGAAAGUUUUCAAAAAAAAAAACGUUGCAACUAUUCCUUCUAUAUCUAAUGGUCGGGAAAACAAGCUUUUGGGAUUAUGACUUUUUCCACUCAGCUCAUGGUUGUGCCCAUUUUUUAUAUUGAUGUUGAAAUAUUAAGGACUCACGACUUAAUUUCCUUCCAUGAGAACCUCUAAAGAUCUGAUUUUGGUAGAAGAACAAGAGAUCGAUCGCUUGCAAUCCAAAACAACUCAUUACAACUCAAUAAGAGAUCAAUUCCGUACGAUCCAAAUUACCUGGAAUGGCUCGUCUUCAGCAACAACUUAAAGAAAGGGACAACGAGAACCUUUAAGUUGAAAAAGAAAGAACUUAAAGAUAUUCACUCUUUCUAAGAUAUGAAGAUGAAGACUUGGAAAUAGAUGGAAGAAAACUUGAAGAUCAAAAUUUCCUCAUCCUUCGGGCUUGGGUUUGAAACAACAAUAGAAUAAGUGUAAAUGUGUAUUCUUUUCUGAAGAUGGAUUUGAAGGAAAGUGAAUGGAUGUAUUUGAUGAUAA